UUGUCAGACAUUGGAGUUCACAGCAUCUGUUCUCUCAGGGUUGACCUCCUCUGAGUUUCUGUCGAUAUCCCCCCGCCACAUAGCCUGAAGAGAAAGUCCUCAGGUCGCUUUUACUGGUGGGGGGCAUGGAACAAGUGCGGAAGGAGGAGAAGGAUAAUCCGUUGGCUUCAGCUAAUCUUCUCUCCAAGAUUUUCUUCUGUUGGCUUAACCCCUUGUUCAGAACUGGGUACAAGAGGAAGUUGGAGGAAGAUGACAUGUAUAACGUUCUCCCAGAAGACGCAUCAGAAACACUCGGGGAGGAGCUGCAAGGGUACUGGAACAGAGAGGUUCAACAGGCGGCAAAAGAUCUGCGCCCACCCAGACUUGAAAAUGUUCUUGUACAGUGCUACUGGAGAUCAUACGCACUCAUUGGAAUUUACAUCUUUAUAGAGGAAGUUAUCAAAGUCAUUCAGCCGUUGCUACUUGGGAACAUAAUUGAGUACUUUGAGAGAGAAGACCGCACCGACAACACAGCUGCGGUCCAUGAGGCCUACAGAUCCGCUGCGGGCAUCUCCUUGUCCUGUAUCAGUCUGUCUGUUCUUCAUCAUCUCUAUUUCUACCAUGUCCAGCGAGUGGGCAUGAAGAUUCGUGUGGCCAUGUGCCACAUGAUCUAUCAGAAGGCUCUUUGUCUUAACAGCAAAGCAUUUGCCAAAACUACCACAGGACAAAUUGUUAACCUCUUAUCCAAUGAUGUCAACAAAUUUGAUGAGGUGACCUUAUAUUUGCACUUUCUGUGGAUCGGGCCUCUACAAGCUGUAACUGUGAUAUUAUUGUUGAUGUAUGCUAUUGGCCCAUCAUGCCUUGCGGGUAUGGCUGUCUUCUUCAUCCUGAUGCCUGUACAGACAAUGUUCGGACAGUUGUUCUCUAGUCUCAGGGCUGACACAGCAGUCCUAACAGAUGACAGAAUACGGACAAUGAAUGAAGUCAUCACUGGUAUCCGUGUUAUUAAAAUGUAUGGAUGGGAGAAGCCUUUUGCUGCAUUGGUGGAUGAGAUCAGAAGAAUGGAAAUCUCCAAGAUCAUGAAAAGCUCCUAUCUGCGUGGUCUGAACAUGGCAUCUUUCUUUGUGGCCAACAAGAUCAUCGUCUUCAUCACCGUCUGCGUCUACGUCCUGACAGGAAACCAGCUGUCUGCCAGCAGAGUGUUCAUGGCUGUUUCCCUCUACGGGGCGGUCAGACUCACCAUCACGCUCUUCUUUCCUUUUGCUAUAGAGAAGGUUUCUGAGUCUCUAAUCAGCAUUAAAAGAAUUCAGACUUUUCUUCUGCUCGAUGAAGUUGCUCCUCAGCACCUGGGGCUUCCCUUUUCAGACAAGAAGGACUGUUAUGUGAAGAUUCAGGACUUAAUAUGCUACUGGGAUAAGAUGCUAGAGGCUCCAACAUUACAGAAUGUGUCUUUCACAGUGGCGCCAGGGCAGCUUGUGGCAGUAAUCGGACCUGUUGGGGCUGGAAAGUCCUCACUCCUCAGUGUGGUUCUGGGAGAGCUGAGUCAGGAGAGUGGUGUGGUCAAGGUCAGAGGAAAUCUUACAUACACCUGUCAGCAGCCCUGGAUUUUACCUGGUACGAUUCGAAGCAACAUUCUUUUUGGGAAAGAGCUGAACCCCCAGAAGUAUGAAAGAGUCCUGAGAGCCUGCGCCCUCAAGAGAGACCUGGACCUGUUGCCAGGUGGGGACUUGGCACUGGUUGGGGACAGGGGGGCCAACCUCAGUGGAGGACAGAAGGCAAGGGUCAGCUUAGCAAGAGCAGUGUAUCAGGAUGCAGAUAUCUACCUGCUGGAUGACCCGCUCAGUGCUGUGGAUGCUGAGGUGGGACGGCACCUCUUUGAAAAGUGCAUUUGUGGACUUUUGAGGAAGAAGCCUCGUAUACUGGUUACUCACCAACUACAAUAUCUGAAGGCUGCGGACCAGAUUGUUGUCUUAAAGCAGGGUCAGAUGGUAGCACGGGGAACCUACAGUGAGUUGCAGGGCUCUGGACUCGACUUCACCUCCUUGCUAAAAGAUGAAGAGGACCAGGAGGAUGACAGGAAGACCCCCAUCCCUGGGACUCUCUCCCGCUUCCCCCAUACACUAUCUGACAACUCAAUAUCCUCUAAGUCUUCCUUAUCUUCCUCUCGGUGCUCUUUGAUUAAGGCACCAGAACCAAACAAAGUGGUAGUGCAACCAACAGAGGAGGAGAGCCGCUCAGAAGGAAACAUCGGCCUGCGUAUGUAUAUGAAGUAUUUCAGGGCAGGCGCUAACUUCCUGGUCCUCUUCAUCCUCAUUUUACUCAAUGUCCUAGCACAUAUAACAUUUGUGCUGCAGGACUGGUGGCUUGCGUGCUGGGCCUCUGAACAGAAGCACAUCAAUGCGACAGAGCCCUUCAAUGGCAGCCUCCCCCGGCAGCUGGACCUUGACCUGUACCUAGGUGUUUACGCAGGUUUAACAGCCACUUCAGUAGUGUUCGGCUUCCUUCGCAGCUUGGUGUUCUUUAAUGUGUUGGUGAGCGCGGCCCAAACCCUACACAACAGCAUGUUUAACGCCAUCCUCCGGACCUCGGUACACUUUUUUGAUAUCAAUCCAAUUGGAAGAAUCCUCAACAGGUUUUCGAAGGACAUCGGUUACCUGGACUCUCUGCUCCCAUGGACGUUUGUGGACUUUAUCCAGGUAUUUCUCCAAGUCAUUGGAGUGAUUGCAGUAGCUGCCAUCAUCAUCCCCUGGAUCCUUGUUCCUGUUGCUCCACUUCUUGCUGGCUUCCUGUUUCUGCGAUGCUACUUCCUUCAGACCUCCAGAGACAUCAAGCGCCUAGAGUCUACCACUCGGAGCCCCGUAUUCUCCCACCUUUCUUCAUCUCUCCAAGGCUUGAGCACCAUUCGUGCUUUCAAAAUUCAGGAGAGGUUUCAGCAAAUGUUUGAUGAAUAUCAAGAUCUUCACUCUGAGGCCUGGUUCUUAUUCCUGACCACUUCUCGCUGGUUUGCCGUGCGUCUUGAUGGAAUUUGCUCAAUUUUUGUGAGCAUCACUGCUUUUGGCUGCAUUUACCUCAGGGAUGGAUUAGAACCGGGUGCAGUGGGUCUGGCUUUAUCUUAUGCAGUGACACUUACAGGCAUGUUCCAGUGGGGUGUCAGACAGAGUGCAGAGAUCGAGAACAUGAUGACAUCAGUGGAGAGAGUGGUUGAGUAUGCAGAGCUGGAGAGUGAAGCACCCUGGGAGACGGAGAAACAGCCUCCGCAUGAUUGGCCAGAGGCAGGCUCCAUCACCUUUGACAGAGUGAACUUCUCUUACAGUCCCAGGGAGCGUUUGGUCCUAAAGAACCUGACUGUCGUCUUCCCAUCCAGAGAAAAGGUUGGCAUCGUUGGACGCACUGGUGCUGGUAAAAGCUCCCUGAUCUCCGCUUUGUUCCGGCUGGCAGAACCCGAGGGACGAAUAAUGAUUGAUGGCUUUCUGACUUCUGAGAUAGGCCUCCACACCCUGCGCCAGAAAAUGUCCAUCAUUCCACAGGACCCAGUUCUCUUCACGGGCACCAUGAGGAAGAAUCUGGACCCUUUCAGGCAGCACACAGAUGAGGACCUGUGGAAUGCACUCCAAGAGGUGCAGAUGAAGGCCGUGUUGGAGGACCUGCCCAAUAAGCUGGAGACGAUGCUGACGGAGUCCGGCUCUAACUUCAGCGUGGGCCAGAGGCAGCUGGUGUGUCUGGCCAGGGCCAUCCUCCGGAAAAACCGCAUCCUCAUCAUUGAUGAGGCAACGGCUAAUGUGGACCCCAGAACUGACAGCCUCAUCCAGCAGACUAUCCGGGACAAGUUUAAGGAGUGUACCGUCCUCACCAUUGCUCACAGACUCAACACUAUCAUUGACUGUGACAGAAUACUGGUUCUAGAUGCCGGCAGGAUCCAGGAGUAUGACGAGCCAUAUGUGCUGCUCCAGAACCAGGAAGGGCUCUUUUACCAGAUGGUCCAACAGACAGGCAGAGCCGAGGCCGCCUCACUGCUACACACAGCCAGACAGGUUUACAUCAACAAAAAGCGAGUGGCAGACGUGCACUGUGCCAAGGACAUCCAUGUCAUCUUUGAGACGUCUCUUUGACCGUUUGGAGAGUCGCUGUGGACCUCGUACUCGCCAUCACUGACCAAAUCUUUUUCUGGAUAUUCUUACAUUCCUUCCUGUUUAUUAAAAUGUAUUUAGAUUCCCAGUAGCUAGUGUGUAGUAUGUGCUGUGUUUGAUUGGCGUAAUCUUUUGAUAUAGAACAACUAGCUGAGGCAGGGUGUGCCUUUUUACUGACAGGAUUUUACUGCAUGGCUGUUUAUUGAUUACACCCCGCUAUGUUUAUGUAUGUGUGUUCUGGCCUCUUGGGUAGCUUCAAUCCUGCACCGGUGCUCAAAAGAGUGCAGAUAUUGGAUGUGAUUAUCCUGGUGCAAUAAAUUAUUGGUGACUUAAAUCAUUCUUUUAAGGCACACAUUGUGCAAUAGGUCUGAGGCGUUUUUAUUAUUCAGGAAAUGCUUGAAAAGACUUGGAGAAUGUGAGAGGAGAGAUGUUCUCAGUAAUUAUUGUGCCUUAAUCAGACUAUUGAUUCUUGUUUUUAAUUGCAGCUUUAAUUAAGUAUCCUUCCAGCACUUAAACGAUAGUGGUUAUAUGUCUACCUCAACUCUUGUCAAGAGAGAAGAGUACAAUUUGAAUGUAACAUUUCAUGUACGGGCAAUCACAAUGACCAACACUAAGAAACGUGGGACAGAAGUGUGUUGCAUCUAAUACAUUUUAGAGACUAUCAACUUUCCCCCUAUUUUUGUAAAAUAGGCUUUUGUUGCUUUUAAAGCAUAGCAUAGCUUAGCUGUUUCUUUGGCAGUAAUAGGACGUUUAGUAUGACUAUUUAUAGCUCCAUAUGUACUUACAUUGUUUUCUCAGUAAAUGUAUUGUUUUGUUAUAUGUCAUAUUUGAUGGA